AUGCUGCGAGAGUCGGCUGAUAUCGUCAUGAUGCAUUUAUUCCUGAUUUGUUCAGCUGCUAUUAUCAUAUAUCUCGCCUUCCAAAGAUAUCACAAAGGUCUCAAUAGAUAUCCAGGUCCAAUCCUUGCUUCAUUGACGAACGCUUGGCGCCUCACCGACGUCUGGAACCGGAAUACCCACAUCACAUAUCGCACCCUUCACCAAAAGUACGGCAAUGUCGUUCGGGUAGCUCCAAACGUACUGUCCUUCGGAGAUCCAGCGGCUAUUGCGGAUAUAUAUGGCUUGAAUAAGGGGUACACGAAGAGCGGAUACUACGAUGUCUUCGCUACCGUGAAUAAGGGUAACCCUGUUUAUAACCUGUUUUCUACCAGAUCUGAAAAAUACCAUGCCCAACUUCGGAGAUCUGUUAAUCACGCCUUUUCGCUCACCACAUUGCUGGAUUACGAGCCGCUUGUGGAUAGCUGCACGUCCUUUUGCCUCCAGCGCACGCAAGAGCUCUUCGUCGACACGGGACGUGUCUGCUCAUUCUCCCAGUGGCUUCAAUUCUUUGCUUUUGAUGUGAUCGGUGAAAUCACGUGGUCGAAGCGUCUCGGUUUUGUGGAGGAGAAUCAAGACAUCUCGAACAUUAUCGAGGCUAUCAAUUCUUUUCAGAACUAUGGCACCGCCAUUGGCCAAAAUCCCUGGCUGGAUCGCCUUUUUGUGAAAAACCCGGUCAAGCUGUUCCUCGAAUCCAAAGGCCUCUGGCCGAAAAGUCCGAAUGCAACCAUCAUCAAAUUUGCUCUGGACCAGCAGCGCGAGCAUAGCAAAAAUAGUGUAGAUGACCAGGGGAGAAGCACUGGCAAACAAGGUGUCAACUUUCUUCAGCGCUUCCUCCAGUCCCAAGAAAAGAAUCCCGAAUUUCUGACAGAUAAUCGCAUCACUGCCAUGUGCGCAUCGCUGAUUAUUGCCGGCUCCGAUAGCACAGCCAUCAGCCUGUCAAGCGUGUUCUACUAUCUGUUGCAAAACCCCCGUGUUUACCAAAACCUGAUGCAGGAGAUCGACGCGGCUGACGCAAUUGGAGCACUUGCUUCACCCAAAGACUCUACGGGCGCAGGCGACGUGGUGCCGUUUACGGCGGCGAAGAGCCUACCUUAUCUAGAUGCCGUAAUCAGCGAAUCCUUCCGCAUGCAUCCUGCUGUGGGUUUGCUCCUGGAAAGAGUUACUCCUCGUGAAGGCGCACAGAUAUGUGGGGAGUAUGUGCCAGGUGGAACGGUCGUGGGGUGUAACGCCUGGGUUUUACAUCAGAACAAGGAGAUAUUUGGUCCAGAUGCAGAAAUAUAUCGACCUGAGCGCUGGCUGGAAAGCAAUGGUGCGGAUCCCGCCCAACUCUCUAAGAUGCGACAAAGCAUGUUUCAGUUUGGUGCCGGGUCCCGAACCUGCAUUGGGAAGAACAUAAGCCUUAUGGAAACUUACAAGAUGAUUCCCACUUUUUUGAGGAAAUUCGAUGUUGAAAUGGUCGAGUCCGAAGAGCCGAUGUAUUUAUACAAUGCCUUCUUCGUGCAUCGAAAGAAUUUCAAUGUACGUCUCAGGCUGAGGUGCAAGCAGAUGGUAAAUUGUUAG